CAGAGGCACAGACACAGACACACAGAGAGCAUUUGGUCUCCAGUGAAUGGAAAGGGUGACAUUAACUAACAAUGAACGAGAGAAGGGGAGACCUGGCAAUGUGGGCACCGUGGGAUUGAAUGGAAGGUGAUCCUUGAGCCAGCCUCGAGCUUCCCCCCCCGCCCGCCUGCCCAACCCCCAACUCAGCCCGGCCUCUGCCCCCUCCCAGAGAAAGCCAUGACCUCCACACUCCGUGCUCUGUACACUGCCCGCUCCCCCCUGGGAGCCAGCCCUCUCAGCCCCCACUCCUGUGAGAGGGAGAUCGACAGGAAUUAUGACAUCGUGCUAUCCGUGGUUUGUGCCAUGUGCUGUCUCUUUGGGGUAAUUUACUGCUUCUUUGGCUAUCGCUGUUUCAAGGCUAUCAUGUUCCUGACGGGAUUGAUGUUCGGUUCCAUCGUCAUCUUCCUGCUGUGCUACAAGGAGCGAGUGCUGGACACACAGCUGAGUGUCGAGGCCAGUGUUGGGAUUGGGCUGGCCAUUGGCGUGCUGUGUGGGCUGGUCACCAUGCUAGUCCGCAGUGUGGGCCUGUUCAUGGUGGGCCUGUUGCUUGGGCUGCUGAUUGCCGUGGCGACACUGGUCGUCAUGGAACAGUUUUACCACCCCCGCACUGUUUGGGUGCCCAUCGGCCUGCUGCUGGGCACCGGAAUGCUCUUUGCCGUGCUGACGCUCCAAUGGCAGAAGUUCUUCACGGUGCUGUCCACCGCGGCCUUCGGCAGUGCCAUAAUGACCGUCACAGCUGAUUACUUCAUCGAGCUCUCGCUCCUGGUUCACUACGUCUACCAGCGCUUGAAGGUGGCUCCACCGGAGCCCAUCUGCUGGUACAGUUGGGUCAUCCUCGGUGUCUGGCCGGUGCUCACCGCCCUCGGUGUCCUGGUCCAGUUCAAGGUCACGGCAGAGGGUUACUCUCACACAGAGGUGAUUAUCAGCCGACAGCAGAGGAGAGUCCAGCUGAUGAGAAUCCGACAGAAGGAGGAGAAGAGGAAGAAGAGAAGGAGACAUCACCGAGCGUACCAGGAGCCGGGGUACCGGAGAAAGCCUAACCCAGUGAGACGAUACGAUGGAGACGUGCUUUCUCCGAGUUACAUCCAGAGUUUCCGAGACCGCCAGACGGUGACCUCGCUCAGCAGUCUGAACACAAACACGCACACGGUCAUUGACAUAGACUACGAGUGUGGCUCCACCGUACCGCUGACUGCUGCCGCCGCUCCAGCCGUCCGCGUGUAGGGGAACAGACAAAGGGACCGCGUUUCGUUCUGUGUUUUUAUCUUCCCGACGCGAUGCCCGGGAGAGAAUCGAAUCAGCGGCCAUAUGGGUGUGAUUCUGUGUUCAACAAACAUCCUCUCAUCUCCUCCUCUGGAAACUUUUCUCCCGGACAGCACUCGCCUUUUCUCCUGCUCCUCUCCCCCACCCCCGACCGCUGCUCGUCUGCCUUCGAGAAAGCAAAUGACAUUGAGACAUUGAGAAGCGAAGGCGGGCAGGGACUUGGGAGAGUGGUUGAUGUGAUGAAGGCAGCGUGGGUCGAUGUCCUCCCAUCUUAUCUCUCACCCGUCGAGUGUAAAUGAAAGCAUGGAGCCUCAUAAGUAAUUGCUGGACUUCAGUGCCGAGGGACGUGUGUGCUCCUCUCUGCCUUCUGCCUGGCAGCACAGAACAAUGCGAUGCUUACCCUUUGCAGAACUCUACAGGAGAUGGAAGCUAGGAGCCCCAUCAGGUCACGGGGAGAGGAAGGGGUGAGAUGGGGGGGAACCUCACUCCCAGUGAUUGGAGAUAUGUGACCCAGCAAUCGAUACCGCUGGUUAUUUUUCUUCCUUCCUCCCUCCUUACU